AUGUCCAACCCGUUCCAGCCCAUGGCCAGCCACUACGACCACGCGUACGCGCGCCUCUUCGACGACGAGGGCGACCGGCCCCCACCUCCGCAGCAGCCCAAGUCCACGUCGCGGAGGGGACGAAGUCACAAGGGCAAAGGAACGGCCGAGACCGAGGGGGAGGAGAAGCAGGAGACAACCGAAGCGGAGCCAGCGCGGGGCGAGCAGCCCCGCCGCACCCCGCCCAAACACACGUCCCGGCAGCCCCAGCUCGCCGCGUGGACGUCGGUCGUCAAGGCCAUCCUCGCCAAAGCCCGCGCCCCCGACGCACUCCUCGUCAUGCAGCACAUCUUCAUGACUGUCGACCCGCUCGACCCGUCGUCCGUGCUCUUCUGCCACUGGGUUCUGAUUGCGCAGGACAGGCGAGUUGAUGGGCGCAUGCAGAUGCCGGAAGCAUAG